AAAUUAAUUUUUUAAAAUCACAAUGGCUCUCAUCUACUACGAUCGCACCAUCAACAAUCCCCUCGAACUCAUUCUGGCUGGCCUGCGCGAGAAUUCUCAGCCCACCUCUUUGGAGACGCUGAGUGUCUUUGUGGCCACCAAGACCGGCUUCCCUGCCGAAGUCUGCCACAAGAUCAUCCGAGAGGCACUCGAGGAGGGCAUGGCAAGCAAGACCAUAAGACAAGUGGACGAGCUCUACUACGCCGUGCCACCGAAGCCUCGCCGGCUGCCAAAACGGAACAAGCCGAAAGACAGCGGCGGACUGCGAUAAUUAAUUCAUAAUGCGGAGAGUAUCCGCUCAAGUGGGCCAGAAGUGCAGAGCAAACACUUUAUUAAAAUUAAAAUUUAUCUAAAUUGC